GGGCUGAGUGUGCCGGCGCCGUGCCAGAGCCAGCUGCAUGGCGAGAAGGGCAUUUCCAUCCCCGACCACGGCUUCUGCCAGCCCAUCUCCAUCCCGCUCUGCACCGACAUCGCCUACAACCAGACCAUCAUGCCCAACCUGCUGGGACACACCAACCAGGAGGACGCGGGGCUGGAGGUCCACCAGUUCUACCCCUUGGUGAAGGUCCAGUGCUCCUUGGAGCUCAAGUUCUUCCUCUGCUCCAUGUACGCGCCGGUCUGCACGGUGCUGGAGCAGGCCAUCCCGCCGUGCCGCUCCAUCUGCGAGCGGGCACGCCAGGGCUGUGAAGCCCUCAUGAAUAAAUUCGGUUUCCAGUGGCCGGAGCGACUACGCUGUGAGAAUUUCCCCCGGCACGGCGCCGAGCAGAUCUGCGUGGGGCAGAACCAUUCAGAAGACGGCGGUUCGCCGGCAUUGCUCACCAGUGCCACGCCGUUGGCCGGCCAGGGCACCCCGGGCGCCCCUCGUUACGCCACCCUCGAUCACCCCUUCCACUGCCCGCGGGUGCUGAAGGUGCCCAGCUACCUCAACUACAAGUUCUUGGGCGAGAAGGACUGCGCGGCGCCCUGCGAGCCCACCCGUCCCGACGGCCACAUGUUCUUCAACGAGGACGAGAUCCGUUUUGCCCGUAUCUGGAUCCUCAUCUGGUCCGUCUUGUGUUGCGCCUCCACCUUCUUCACCGUCACCACCUACCUGGUGGACAUGCAGCGUUUCCGCUACCCCGAGCGACCCAUCAUCUUCCUCUCGGGGUGCUACACCAUGGUGUCGGUGGCCUACAUCGCCGGCUUCGUGCUGGAGGAGAGGGUGGUCUGCAACGAGCGUUUCCAGGAGGACGGCUACCGCACGGUGGUACAGGGCACCAAGAAGGAAGGUUGCACCAUCCUCUUCAUGAUGCUCUACUUCUUCAGCAUGGCCAGCUCGAUCUGGUGGGUCAUCCUCUCCCUCACCUGGUUCCUGGCCGCCGGCAUGAAGUGGGGCCACGAGGCCAUCGAGGCCAACUCCCAGUACUUCCACUUGGCCGCCUGGGCUGUGCCAGCCGUCAAGACCAUCACCAUCCUGGCCAUGGGGCAGAUCGACGGGGACCUGCUCAGCGGCGUCUGCUUCGUGGGCCUCAACAACAUCGACCCUCUCCGGGGCUUCGUGUUGGCCCCGCUCUUCGUCUACCUCUUCAUCGGUACCUCCUUCCUUCUGGCUGGCUUCGUUUCCCUCUUCCGCAUCCGCACCAUCAUGAAACACGGAGGGACCAAAACGGAGAAGCUGGAGCGGCUGAUGGUUCGCAUCGGGGUCUUCAGCGUCCUCUACACCGUCCCGGCCACCAUCGUCAUCGCUUGCUAUUUCUACGAGCAGGCUUUCCGUGAGCACUGGGAGCGGAGCUGGAUCAGCCAGAACUGCAAGAGCUUGGCCAUCCCCUGCCCGCUCCACUUCACCCCCCGCAUGACCCCCGAUUUCACCGUCUACAUGAUCAAGUAUCUCAUGACUCUCAUCGUGGGCAUCACCUCCGGCUUUUGGAUAUGGUCGGGCAAAACCCUGCACUCGUGGAGGAAGUUCUACACGCGGCUCACCAACAGCAAGCAGG